AAAACAUCACUAAUCCAGAGUUCCAGGUGCCGAAGUCGACCAUUGCUCACUACCGCCGCACAUCAACAACUGCAAUAGAAUUACAAGACUCCGGAAACCCGGAAUACGGCAACUGAAUGGGACAGCGCGGAUAACUGGAAAGACAACAUAAAUUAAGAUCAAUAACCCAGUGAACUUCUCUUACGAAAAUGUCGGUAACAUGAUUUGUUAACGUUUAUAACACACAGCCAAGAUGUUUUCCCACUCAGAAGGACUCUAGGGUAGAACGUCAAAUGUCACCCUGCGCUCAACGAAACUACUCCGUUUAAACUGGAUACGGAAUCGCUUUUGGAACCUUUGCAGUUUUUACAUAGAGAUAGGCUACUGGAUAUAUUUUUUAUUUCUCUUUACAAGAUCAGACACCAUUAAAUCCAAUGGUAAGAGCUGCCUGCGUAGAUCUCCCGUAUGGAUGAACUUGGGAGAGGGCUGAUUGAUUCCAUUUGACUGACCGCAGCAACGUCAGGGCUAUGAGGAGAGCUCUCAGAGAUUCCCGGGCCACACUGCCUCUCCAGCUCUGAACGCCCCCAGCGCCCAAUCAUCAAGGAAAUGACUGAAGCUCAUUCCUCAACAGUCCAACGAAAGUCUCCAAAAAGCGAAAGAAGGAUUAUCCGCGGACCUCUCGACCACUGAGACGGUUGCUUCCAGACGUUUCUGCAAGGUUUCUGGGCGUGAUCGAGUCACCUUCCUCCGGAGCAGGGGAGAGGUGGGAUCAGACCCCCAUGUGCAGAAGGGCAGCAGUUGCUGCUUGUGGAAUAACGUAGCCUCAGCCUUUUAAGGAGGGAGGCACCAACCCAGCGCCCACGAGGCCCGGGACCUCACCUUACACCUGUCCCUAAGGCAGACCCUCUAUCCAAUGGCAUGGGUCAAGUUCUUCAGGAAGCCGGGGGGGAAUCUUGCCAAAUCUUACCAGCCAGGGAGCAUGCUCUCCCUGGCCCCCACCAAAGGCCUGCUAAACGAGCCGGGACAAAACAGCUGCUUCCUCAACAGUGCCGUGCAGGUAUUAUGGCAGCUGGAUAUCUUCAGGCGAAGUUUGAGACAACUUCCUACUCACUCCUGUCUCGGAGACUCUGCAAACUGCAUUUUCUGUGCACUGAAGGGCAUCUUCUCCCAGUUCCAGCACAGCAGGGAGCGUGCGCUGCCCUCAGACAACCUGCGUCACGCCCUGGCAGAGACCUUUAAGGACGAGCAUCGCUUUCAGCUGGGCUUCAUGGACGACGCCGCAGAAUGCUUUGAGAACAUUCUGGAGAGGAUCCACCUGCACAUUGUGCCAGGGGAGCCUGACGCCUGCACCUCCAAGUCCUGCAUCACUCACCAGAAGUUUGCCAUGACGCUGUAUGAGCAGUCGGUUUGCCGGAGCUGUGGGGCGUCAUCCGACCCCUUGCCCUUCACUGAGCUGGUGCACUACGUCUCCACCACCGCCCUCUGCCAGCAGAUGUUUCAGAGGAGGGACGAGUCAUUUGGGGAGCUCCUGCAAGCAGCCAGCACCAUUGGGGACCUUCGCAACUGUCCGAGUAACUGUGGCCAGAGGAUCAAAAUUCGCCGCGUGCUGAUGAACUCUCCGGAGAUCAUCACUAUCGGCUUUGUUUGGGACUCGGACCAGUCUGAUCUGACAGAGGACGUGAUCCGCUCACUAGGACCACACCUCAACCUAUCAGGGCUCUUCUACCGGGUGACAGACGAGCAUGCUAAGAGGGGUGAGCUGCAGCUGGUUGGGAUGAUAUGCUACUCCAGCCGCCACUACUGUGCCUUCGCCUUCCACACCAAGUCCUCCAAAUGGGUCUUCUUUGACGACGCCACGGUGAAAGAGAUUGGCUCCAGGUGGAAAGAGGUGGUCUCCAAAUGCAUCAAAGGUCACUUCCAGCCCCUCCUCCUCUUCUACUCCAACCCUGACGGCAGCGCUAUUUCAGCAGAAGACGUCUCACGCCAAAACAACGUCCCCUCUCACCACAAGUCUCACCUCAACGGAGAUUUCCCAGGACCAGACUCACCAAGCCCAGUCCCCAGGAAGCUGGACCUCACCAAGGAUAACCUCAACUCACUCCUGGGCCAGGGCAGCUUCAGAAAUACCACCCAGACCCCUUCCACCUUCAGCAGGGGCAGCGGCCAGACCAGCGGGGGGAGAGGACCAGUGAAGAUGGGCCCUGGUGAUCCUAAGAGUCGGAUCAGGGACAUCUCCAGGGAGGUUGCCCAGAAAGCAGGGGAGCUCCGGGGGAUGCAGCCGUCCAGGAGAGAGGCAGACCGGGGCCAGAGGAGACCAGACCCUCGGUACCGCGACCCAGUCCCAGAUCGAACCUACUCCCGCUCUGCCUCCCCACCGGAGAACGGUUUCAGACAGUACCUGGAGACCCGCAUGUUCAGCAGCCAAGGCAAAGGCCCCUCCAGGACCGAGAGAACCCCCCACAUAGGGGGCAGGUCCUCCUACGAACCCCCCCGCUCCCACUCCAGGGUGCAGGUACUCCCCUCUACGGCUCCCGGUGGUGGUGGGGGUCACUACAGCCGGAGGCUAGACCAGCCAUCCAACGGCUACGACACGGACAGCAGCCAGGACUCUCGGGUGCGCCAGGGGAACGGAGAAGCCAGCCGCAGCAGACCCAGCCGUCCUUGGAAGCCCAUGCGCGAAGCGCUAAACGUGGACAGCGUGAUUGGCGGCGGGGGCGGCCAGGAACGGCGGCAGCACAGUCCCCGGCGGAGACCUGCCAGCCAGGAGAGGGCGCUGUCCCAGGAGAGAGAGCGUGACCAGGACAGGACCUGGGGCGGCGGCGACGGGCGGGACGACAGGAAGCCUAAAAGUCUGAUGACCAUCUACGAGGACGAGCUGAAGCACGAGACGGGAGGAAGUCGCAGCUUGCUGGACUCCGAGGGCCGCGGCGGUCAUGGUGAUAAGGACAGGUCGAAGGGGACGGCCACCCUUAAGGUGCGCAACGACAACUGGAAGAUCCAGCGGACCGAGUCUGGGUACGAGAGCAGCGACCGGUUGAGCAACGGAUCAGCAAACCUGGACUCUCCGGUCGUGGAGAACCUAGCAUCCAAAGACCUGAAGACCACAACUGAUGUGUAUCGUACAAGGGACCCAAACCCUCAGCGGAGAAGUGAGGAUUCAAAGGCAGACCUCUUGCACUCCUCACUGUCGUACGGCGAGCAUCCAAGAAAAUCUCCUGACUUUCAAGAUGGAAUUCCCAUGUUGCCAAGUCCAAAUAUACAAAGGACAAGAGCCUUCAGAUACACCCCCGGUCUGCUGGAGAGGAGAGACGGCGUGGAAAAGGAGCAAGCGGUGGACGGCAGCCCCCUGAGCCCCGCGCCCCCCUACCUGGCCAGGACCAGCAGUUCGGAGUGGAACAGCUCCGACGACCUGGCCGGACCCUUCUCCGAACAAGACGACCCCGUCCUCCCAGCCCAGCCACGCUCCCGCAACCUCCUCCCGCCGCUGCCCCCCAAGACCCCCGGCCCCCGGCCCUCCGAGCUGGAGCUGGGCUUCCUCGCCCCCCGCCGCCUGGGCGUUGCGCCACGCACCGGCCCCGCGUGCAACCAGCCCAAAAGCAGCCCGUCCACCCUCUCCCUGCGCAGGUGGAUCGAGACGCCCGCCGAGCACAAACACUCCUCGGACGCCAGCUCCAAGUCGGGCUCCUCCGACCAGGACCGGAACGAGCUGUCGGCCAGCGAGAGCGAGGAGAGGUACCCCAGCCCCCGGCCCGACGACAACGGCGACCCCGACUCCCCCGCGCCCCACGAAAUGGCUCUUCCCACCACCUACUUCUCAGUGGACAGCUGCAUGACAGACACAUACCGGGCCAAGUACCACAAGAGACCCGUUCUGUACCUGAUGACCGACUCGAAAGGCGGGGAGCGCACCUCGUCUGGGGAGAGCGACCCGGACGAAGGCGGGCUCCCUGUUCCCGCGGCCCAGCCCGCAGAGCUCCCCAAGGCGAGGGCCGAAUCCACUUACUCCACGAGCAAGCCCACCGCCAAAUGGUACCCCGUCACCUCGAAGGGACUGGAUGAACAUGGGUAUCUUUGAUGGGAAAACGGGUCCGGUGGAAUAAUAGCAGUAAAACAGCCCAACCCACUCGUCGCCCUCAUGCACUGUGCUGACAGCCCUGUCAGGAUGAUGUUGAAAUGCUUAAACAGACGGCUGCUCUGAAAGCGAAACGUAGAUCCAGACGCCAAAGAGAUUGUUCAUGCGAGGCAGUGAAUGAAAGUGUAGCGUGUCUUCAGAAUGGGAUGGGUCCUUUGUGACUCUGCCCUGCAGUAAUGGUUUGUGCCUCUAGAUGGCACUGAUCAUGCACAGAAGAAAGCCAAAAUAAACAGCUAAUAAAGAGGAACCAUACCCUGGAUGGUAGUAUGUUGUUGAAUAAGGAAACAUCUAGCUGUUGACCCAAGGGUUGGCUGGCUAAAGAAUGUCUCCCUACAAGCCACUUCCCCCUCAAGAGAUUAAAAAAGUUCACUUAUAUGUAAUAUCCCUAACUUCUAUGUAAGUAAGCCAUGGAAUAUUAGUAGAACAUUGUUGAAUCACCCCUCGUUCCUGGCGGCCAUCCUAGGCCUGCUGUAUGUUUAUGUGCAACGUAGAGGUCAUUCAGCCUCGAGCAGGUUCCCUCCUGAUGACUUUUAGGAUCAAGGGUUUUUGGUAGAUUGUGAAUAGUUAUGAUAGUCACAUGUAUAGGAGCAGCACUUUAAAAUGGAUGCCCUUAACUCUUGGUAGGGCACAAGGUUAAGAGGGGGUGAAUGUGUCUGAUGUUGGCUAGUUCAAGAGGCAGUCUUAGAGCAUUGUGGCGCACGUCCUUGCUGCCUUUUGCCCCCCCCCCCCCCCACCACCCCCGCUUAACUGUGUUAGGACUUUUCAUUCCAUGUUAGGAGAACCUUUACUUGCACACUCCUUCCAGUUCAUAAGCUUUUGUCUUUCGUUCGUGUCGAUUCUUUGCACCCGAGGUAUAAGGUUUUUACGUAAAGGGAGAUGACAUCUCUCCAGUAAGUCAGACAAAUGCUUCUUUGAACAAUUUGACUUCUUUAAUAAACCUGUUUGUGUAGCGGUGAGAGUCAGUCAUGUUCUGAAAGGAUUGAAGAGUGUCUUAAUGUGCUUGAGGUCUCUCUCAGCAGGGUGGGUUGGAGCAGGACCCCAGAGAUCAGCCGUGCGGUGCGUAGAUUUACAUGUCCUUUUCGUUCAGUUUGGCGACUAAUUCUGUAAAUUAAUGUUUUUGAUUUAUUUCCGUGUUUUAUAUAUAUAUAUAUAUAUAUAUAUAUAUUGCUCAGCAGAUUUGAUGCACAGUGCCUUUCUAUUUUUCUAUGUCACAAGUUUGAAUAGGAGCCAUGGGUUUGUACAAAAUGUAAUUGGAAAUUCUUUUAUAAUUUCAUUUGUAUUGAUUAACAAGUGUUUAAUAAACAAUUUAAUUUAACCAUAA